AUGCCAACGCCCGCAAGUCGGUCAGCCAGCACAACGUGUAUUGCCAUUCCCAGAGGCGUAGCGGUAUCAAGCGUGUCAGCGUCAGGACAGAGACAAACGGAUCGUCGUUUGGCGAGACAGGGAGCUGCUGGUGGAAGUUCGAGUGGAGCUCGAUGGCGGCAGCGACAGACGUAUUGUGCCAACUGCGAGCGCCUUUUCUUCACGUCGCUAUCUUCGCUCAGCAGCGCAGCAGGUGCAUUCUGCUCGCUGGACUGCAAGACCAAUCUCGAGUACAUGCACCAGCUCCAGCACGUGACGUGCACAGAGACAUGGGAGAGCAGCUGCACGAUCAGCAGUGGAUCGGGAGACGUCGAUGCAAUCGAAAGCGGCGAAGACUGUGACGGUCGUCACUGA